AUGGCGAUCCUUAAGCUGCCUUUGGCACUGGCUGCUCUCAUGAUGCUCCGGAGCGUGGAGGCCGCUUGUGUCGAGGACCAAUGUUACAGAGCCAUGUACCAGAACCCUGCAGGCGUCGAGGAAUGCCUUGCGCAUUUUGUCACGACUGUCGUUCCCCCUCCAUCGACAACCGUAGUGACCGUCACGUCCGGUUCUGGACCCAUCACUACCCUCAGUGGCUCUUUCAUCAGUGCUAGCACCAUUGUCCCGUCCGAAGCAAUCCCCACCUAUAUCGUGCGGGCUUGCUAUGGAGAUGUGAAUUACCGCUUCGAGAGUGCUUGUUCGUGUAUCGACGCUGGGCCCACCAUCACCACGGCGCCACCGCCAGUCGUGACGAACACAGUUCUUGUCCCAGUCACCACAGAAGCCAUCGUCAUACCCAGCAUCGAACCCAGCAUCCUUCCCAGCAUCCUUCCUAGCUUCGUUACUAGCUCCCUGCCUCCCUUCAUCACACCACGACCACUACCAGUACUACCGACUUCACCUGGAGGCGGCGCUGUCGCCUCCUCCUCCCCGAUAUUGGUGGCCCCGGGCGUAGAGCCAGCUUGCCUUGCUGUCGGCGGGUCUCCCGUGCUUGUUACCAUCCAGGUGGACGAGGUAUUCGCAAUGUCACUCACGGUCUCAGCUCCUGUGUUCUGCAUAAACACUCCACCACCGCAGCAAUCUUCGGAGUGCAACUGUGCUAGCACGCUACCCACUUCAGCACCAUUCUCUUUCUCGUCCAGCUUUACGGGUCUUCCCAUUUUGAACGCGACAAGUUCUAGUAUCGAUCUUCCUACCCCGACUCCAUUUUCAUUUACCUUGCCAACACUUUCCUUCCCAACUACUUCACCAUUUGCGAAUUUCACGAGCGCCGCGUCGGAGUCCGCAACUACAUCUGGGGCAAAUUCAACUACAUCUGUGGAAUCCACAUCCACAUCAGCGGAGUCCACGUCCGCGGAGUCCACAUCGGCGGAAUCUACAUCGGCGGAAUCAACUACAUCAGUGGAAUCGACGACUACAUUCGAGUCUUCAACUUCAUCGGAGACGCCAUUCCUUGAAACAAGCACGUCGCUUCCCUUCCUCAAUAUCAGCACUAGCAUUAGCAGUGAAAGCACUUCUUUCUCUUCGGAGCCCUCAAUCACGGAGGCCCCCACGUCUUCCAGUCUCUCCUCCACAUCGGUGUCGUCAAGUUCUUCUCCAUCAUCGGUGUCGUCAAGUUCUCCAUCAGCGACCCCCUUUGUCCCAAGGGGGCCGACAUUCAACAUCAGAAUCACAGGGGGAGCGUACGCUGGACAGUACAUUUCAGUCGACGACCCAACCGGGGGCGGCGUUGUGAACAACGCCCCGUUCUUCCCCACCGACGACAUCGACAACGCGGCCGAAUGGACGCUGGACGCCGUGACGGGCAUCAUGUUCCAGGAGUUCGACGGCGCCUACUUCGGCACCUACUUCAUGUUCGGCCUGCGCACGCAGUGGAGCCAGGUCCUGCUGGCGCCCGCGGACCAGGUCAUCGCCUGGCACGAGACGGUCACGCCCUUCCGCGAGCCCUUCAAGUGCACCAUCGACUACACCGCCGACAUGCUGCUGACCUGCGGCUCGCGCGGCUGGACCCAGCUCAUGGAGUCCGACUCCUGCGGCCUGUCCGUCAUGCUGCCCCUGAGCGUCACCUUCCCCUCCGCCUGUGCCAACCCGCAGCCGCUGCUUAUCCAGGCCGUCCCGGUCGUGCCGGAUGAUGAGGGGAUAUCGAAAUAA